CUUUAUAGUCAAAUGGCAUCCAGCUCUGGAUCUAGAGUUCUUCUGUCUGGUGGCUAUGACUGCCAGUUUCUACAAGAGCCUCCUGAUGACCUCAAGUGCUUGAUAUGUCUGUGUGUGGCCAGAGACCCCUUACAGCAUGGAGACAAAGGAUGUGGGAAAAUCUACUGUAGACAGUGUAUCACAGAGUAUAAGAAGAAGAAUGACAAGUGCCCAAACUGUCGUAGACUAAUUGUGACUUUCAGAGAUGUUCGAAGUGAAAGAGACAUUCAGUCACUGAAGGUGAAGUGCCAGAAUAGUGAGUGUCUGUGGGUAGGAGAACUUAGAUAUCUUGAAGAACACCUCAAGACGUGCGAUUACACAAAACUACCCUGCCCAAACAAAUGCGAACAAAUGAUUAGAAAGCGGUCUAUUGAGAAUUCAAUAAUUUGGAAAGUCAUUGAAGUAUAUCGCAAGGAUCUUAGAAGGCACCUCAAAACAGAAUGCCCACAGCGUCAAUUUCAGUGUCCUCACUGCCACGAGACUGGGACAUAUGAACAUAUCACCAAAUGGCAUAUUAGACAUUUUUGUCCCAAGGUAAAAAUCAGGUGUCCUAAUUCUCCAGAUUGUGAUAAAACUUUUUUGAGGGAAAUAAAAAGUGAACAUGUUUCUAUUUGCCCUUAUCAAAAGCUUAUAUGCAAGUACAAAGAAUUUGGUUGCAUAAUGAAACCAUUUCGCAAAGACCUCAAGGAUCACGAGAAUAACGACAAGCUACACCUUCGUAUCACCAUGGAUACCCUGCUGGCAGUACAGACACAGUGUAGAAAAUGGACAGAAGAAUGCAGUGUAUUGAGGGCACCAGACAAUUCAACUGCCAAACAAGCUCAUCGGAUAACAUUUAAAAUGAACAAUUUCGGAAAAUAUAAGGAAAAGGGGAAGGAAUUUCAUAGCCCAUUCUUUCAUACUCAUCCAGAAGGAUACAAAAUGAUUAUCGAAAUCAAAGGGUACGGUUUUUUAGAGCAUGAAGGUACACACAUAUCAGUGUGUACCUACCUAAUGAAAGGAGAAUACGAUGAUCAACUCGAGUUCCCUUUCCAAGGUACCUUAAAAAUUGAACUACUGAAUCAAUUGCAGAAUAGAAAUCAUCACCAACAGUCUUACGAUAACAAGGGUUAUUGUAGAUUGGGUGCUGAAAGAGUAACAGAUUGCGAAAAGGCUUUUUACCCGUUUAGCAGCAUGGACGCAUUUAUACCGCACACUGAGCUUGAGCUCAACACUACCACAAACUGUCAGUACUUACUGAAUGACACACUAAUUUUUAGAGCUUCUGUUGAAGUGCCUUCUUAUAAGCCUUGGUUACAAUGCACUGCUUAAUGAUUAUGUGUAUGUGCAAUUGUUAUUAAUUUGUGUAGUGUCUUUUUACUGUUAUUAUGGUACGUAUUGCCAAAUUGACACUCCAGCCUACAUGCAUGUAGUACAAUUAUACAGAUG